AUGUCCCUAUUCAGCUAUACAAUCGAUCGAUUCGCCGACGGUGUCAAGGUCGACAUGGAUGGCAACGUCUAUGCUGGCUGCGGUGACGGCGUCAAUGUCUGGUCGGCUGGUGGUGUCUUGCUCGGCAAAAUCCUGAUCGAGGGUGGUACUUCGAACUUCUCGUUUGGUAAGAACGGUACAAUGUUCAUUAUGAACGAAAACAAGCUUUGGAGGUCGCGUUUGAACAAGAGUGUUCAUGGAAACCUUUUCUAG